GCCGAAGCGGUGACGUCACCGCGUCGAGACUUCCCCCCCAACGGACUCGGACCCAGGCCGUAGUGGAGAUGGCGGUGUCGCUGGGACAGCUGCCGCUGCAGCAGCUGGAGGCGCUGAGGACGCAGCUGGAGCAGGAGUUGGAUUUCCUCUCCACGUCGGUGCAGCAGCUGAAGGUGGCUCAGACCAAGUUCGUGGAGUCCAAGGAAUGCCUCAGCAAGCUCAAUAAAGACAAUGCAGGAAAAGAAUUGCUGGUGCCGCUCACAAGCUCCAUGUACGUGCCGGGGCAUCUGAACGAUGUGGAGCACGUGAUGGUGGACAUCGGCACGGGCUACUACGUGGAGAAGACCGUGGAGGAGGCCAAGGAGUUCUUCCAGCGGAAGAUCGACUUCCUCACCAAGCAGAUUGAGAAGAUCCAGCCGGUGCUGCAGGAGAAGUUUGCGCUGAAGCAGGCUGUGACCGAAACAUUCAACGCGCGAGUCCAGCAGCAGCUGCAGGCCAUGCAGCAGCAGCAGCCGAGCGCGUCCAAGGCGUGACCCCACCGCGGGCGGCUCACCCAUCCCCUCCCCUCCCGGCCUCUCCUCACUCUGAAUGACGACCUCUCCCUGACUUCUCCUGACCCGUUCUUGCCCCACCUGAUUGUCUCCUGACCUGUCUUGACUUCUUCUGACCCCUCCUGACCCCUCUGCACCCCCCCCCACCCCUGCCACCCCUCUCCGCUCCCCCAAUUAUUUAAUGCUGGCGUGUUCACGCCCCGCUGUGAUGACCGCUCGCCGUCUCCCCACGCCGGGCAUCGCACGCAAACAUUUAUCUCUCUCUAGCGCGGGUUUUCAUUUCUAUUUCACCAACGUUCGUUCCGCCUGCGGCUCAGCCACGGGUUCGGUCCCCGAUCAGCGGCGUGCGGCUAGCACCACGCGGCCGACCUCUGACCGUGUCAUCCGGUUCGCUUCCCGGUAACGUCGGCGCACAUUGCGGGCGGAACCGGGUUUUCCGCGUCGGCUUCCCCGGUCGCUAACCCGCCGCCGAGUGGCGUGGUGACGCGCGGUUAAAUAAUCGCCGUGGCCUGACGCUGAUUGGAGGAAGCCCUUAAAGGCAGUGGAGCCGUUGCGCUGCCGGUGGCGAGAUGUUAACCACCUCGUCUGGUAUACAGGAGGUCGUGGGUUCGAUCCAGACCCUGUCGCCUGCUGCUGUAUAUUUGGAGUUUGCGUGUUCUCCCCGUGGUCGCCUGGAUUUCCCUCCCGGGUCCCCCGGUUUUUCCCCUCCACAUUUCGAAUGAACAUCACGCGUUGGGAGUAUUUGGCCGCUAUAAAUUUCCACACGAUGAUAAGCCACUUGGUUGAGCUAUCAUCUGCGGCCAGGUGAAUUCUGCAAAAGAGCUGCUUGGCAGCUCAGUGGAGCCUUACCUGCUGAAAAGAACCAGAUGGAUCGUCUCGUCGGCGUGACGCCGUGCAUCCGUGCACGACGCUCGCGGGGGCUCCCGUGCGUUACGAGAGAAGGGGCAACUUCUGGGCGAGCUCUUGUCUCCAGCAGGGGGCGCUGCACGAUGCGGCACAGCCACGGACGUCGUCGCGAUUGUGGGCACGGCGUCACGUUUCCGUCUCGUCCGUGAGCUCAGAGCUGGCGUUGAACAACUUGUGAAGUUGGUGCCACCUGAGGGUCGGGUCAAAUCGAGCGGCUUCAGUUUGUGUGGCCAACAACAGCGGAUUAUGUCAUAGCCGUGUGCGAAACGAGUCCUCGCAUACAAUGGAACGACCGUUGACCGUAUUAUGGUGCCGCUAAAAAAUUAAAGUUUGUUGCCUGCAAGGUCGCGCGUGUGCUGGUGUUGUUCGUCUGCCUGUGGCGCCGCUGCGAGUUUAGAGACAAACCCCUCGAGGGUUUGCCGGGUGGUCGACGAGAGCCGAACAGCGUUGCGAAGGAAUCGUGAGCAGCCUGGAAGUGUGUGAACAGAGUCGAUCGAGGUUCUCGGCCGCUGACUUUCACACCGAGAGUCACGCGUCGAGAGGAGGGAGGAAAUCCCAGGAAACGGAGGCUUCACUUUUCCGUAUCGCACAUUGAGUGGCACUCUUACGCCGUACGAGGAACAACAUCUCGUCCUGUGCUGAAGUCGUUCUGCCGUGGGCGGUGACGAUUUGUGCUCUCGCCCGCGGACUCUUCUCGGGCCUGGAGUUUCACCAAGUAAAGUGACGAAUCAAA